UGGCCCGGCAUUGCUUGCCUCUGCAAAGCCCCUCGCCCCGACAGCCUUUGGCCGGCCUGCUCUUCUUGCCCUCGGAUGGAGGGCUCCGAGGAGCUGGAGAGCAGCCUCUUGACACAGCCCUGGGCUUCUGUUUGCUUUGGUGAGUCUGCUUUUCUUGCCAAAGCAUGCUUCAGGGAUACUGGUUACAUCCUGCUGAUCUCCGACCUCAGCAGUGUCUGGUACGAGAGUGCAGACGCCGAGGCCGUGGGACAAAGGUCCAAGGAGCUGAACAAGCGACUGACAGUCCACGUGUCUUCCUUCCUGCACCACUUGUGCAAGCUGAUGUGCCCCUUGCUGGCAGGGCAGCCGGACGCCACCACCUCCUUCUCCUGCCACCACACUGCCGGCGGCCUCAGCCUGCACGUGAAGAGCGAGCUCUCGGGACUGCCCUUCUACUGGGACUUCCACUGCUGCCCUGCUCCUGUGGAGAUGGUGUCCUGUCACCUCGUGCGGCCCCUGAUUCGGAUGAGCCUGGCGCUGCAGUACCAGGUGCAAGAGCUGACCUCCCUGCUGCUCCAGAAGGAUGCUGAGAUCGAAGACUACAGGGAGAGCGGGGCCGCUCUCAGCAGAGACCGCCUGCGGACAGAGCCCUUCCAGGAGGAGACGUUUCAGCAGAACUUCAUGGCUGAGAGCCUGCCCCAGAUCUGCAGUGCGGGAGAGGGGCAGGCGUUCGCCUCCGCUCUGCGGCAGCUCUACGCGGCGGUGACGCAGCAGGAGGCUAAGCAGGCUCGGAAACGGCAGCACUCAGAGGACUCCGAGGGCCCAGCGCCCGCUGCAGAAACUGCAGGGCACCCCCAUCCGCUGCCUCCAUCCCAGGAGGAUGAAACAGCAUCUUCCAGCGAGGGAACCAUGCCAUCCUCUUCCCCAGCUCAGAAGCCCCGGCUGCCUGCAGCCAAGGCCAAACCGAAGAAGGCGAAGGGGCUUUUCAGCUGA